UUAAGCUUCCAGGUGGGACCACAAGAAGCCUUAUUAUAUAGCAAAGCAAAGCACGACUGGCGAAUCCGAAGGCUCCGCGGACCCAACGGACGCGUGAACCCGGACCGAGGACGGAACAGGCACGCACCGGCGCCCUCCACCGCCGUAGCUGACCUCCGCCUCCGCCCCCUCCACCUCCGCCUCCACUCGCCGCCAUGAUCUUCUACCUGUCGCUUGGCGUGCUGUUCACCAUCUACGCCCUCGACCUGAUAUGGCUGGUGGGCGUGGCGGCAGUGGCCAGGUCCGCGGAGGUGGCAUCGCUGCUGCGCAAGCGCUCCAAGGAGAACAGCGGCAAGCGCGAGCAGGCGCGCCUGAAGAAGAAGCAAGAGAAGGACGCAAAGAAGAAGGAGCUACAGCUGCAGAAGGACACAGACAAGGAGCGAGUGAAGGCAGUAGCAGACAUUGCUGGCGUGACUAACGCAGCUGACGGCGGCGGCGGCACCGCCGCCGCCGCGAAGGCGGCGACUGGCGGCGCCGCCACCUCCCCUGCUACAGCUGCAUCCGCACCCAUUUCGUCGGCGCGCUACAUCCGGCCGCCGGCGGGCGCCGUCACAGUGCCGGGCACCGGCGGCGGCGGCGGCGGCGCCGUGCUCGGCGGCAGCCCCGGCGGCAGUAGCGAGUUCUGCAGCACGGACGCUGACUCCGGCAGUAGCCGCGAUAACGAUGACGGCGACGGCAGUAGCAGCACCGACGGCGAUGACGGACUGGCGAGGGCGGAGAUCAUCACGGGCCCGGCGCUGGCGGCGGCGGGACAUGGCGGCGGCGCCGCCGCAGCCGCGGCUGCGGCGGCGAACGGGACAACGGCCAUUACCGUCCCCGACGACCCAUGGUCCGGCUGCCAGCCGCCCAAGGUGUUGGUGCAGCUGCCCAUGUACAACGAGGAGGCGCACGCCGCCGCCAUCAUCCAGGCCUGCUGCAGGAUACGGUACCCACGAGACCGGCUGCUCAUCCAGGUGCUGGACGACAGCACAAAGGAGGCGGUGCGGCAGCGGGUGGACUCGGCGGCGGCGGCGUGCAUCGAGGAGGGGCACCCGGUGCAGGUGAUGCGUCGCGACAACCGCUCCGGCUUCAAGGCGGGCGCCAUGGUGGAGGGCCUCAACCGCGUGGAGGGGCUGGGGUACGAGUACUGCGCCAUAUUCGACGCCGACUUCUCUCCCCCCGCCGAUUUCCUGGAGGAGACCAUCCCCGUCAUGCACCGGGACCGGCGGCUGGCCUACGUGCAGACGCGCUGGGCCUUCAGCAACGCCGGACAGUCCUUCCUCACCUGGGCCCAGAAAGUCAACCUCUGCUUCCAUUUCGACGUGGAGCAGCGCGCCCGCUCCUACCUGGGCUGGUUCUUCAACUUCAACGGCACCGCGGGCGUGUGGCGCAUCCAGUCCAUCCACGACGCGGGCGGCUGGCAGUCCGACACGGUGGUGGAGGACAUGGACCUGUCGCUGCGCUGCUACCUGCGCGGCUGGGACGCGCUGUACCUGCCGCACGUGGACAACCCCAACGAGCUGCCCUGCACCCUGUCCAGCUACAAGACACAGCAGUUCAGGUGGCUGUCUGGCCCCAUGCAGAUCCUGAUCAAGUCCUUCUCCAACAUCUGGCACGCCAAGGACAUCGGGAUCGGCCGCCGCCUCAACGCCUUCUGGUUCUUCAUGCGCUACGUGCUGUUCGCGGCCAUCACGGUGGGCGUGCUGGCGGUGCCGCCCGUGGCGCUGUGGGUGGAGGUGUGGGAGUGGAGCUGGCCGCAGAUCUACUUCAUCGUGUCCAUCAACUUCGCCCUGGCUGUGUAUCUCUACGUGACGCCCUUCUCCAUCUUCUACCUGUUCUUCUCGGUCGCCAUUGGGUACUUCAAACUGUGGGCCAUGAUCAGCGGUCUGUUGGGGCUGGAGAAGAGCAAGACCUGGAAGGUGACACAGAAGUUCGGCGCCAAGCAGACCGGCGGCGGGCUGCUGCACCGCAUCCACAAGCCCUACGCGCUGGAGACCUGCCUGGCGCUGUACUACGGCGGCAUGGCGGCGGCGGCGGGCGUGUACGGCAGCUGGAUCAUGGUGGGCUACUGCGGCCUCAUGACGCUGGUGUUCCUGGCCAUCAGCUUCGGGGACGCCUACAUGUGAUGACUGAUGAUGGUGAUGGAUGAGGAGGGGGACGGCUGUUGUGCGGAGAUAAGGGGUGGAUCAGUAGUGUGCGUGGAUGGAGCAAUGUGCAUUGAGGAGGAGCGGGAGGAGGAGGAGGAGGAGGAGGAGGAGGACGCUGGGGCUGCGCGAUGUGCUCUGAAGCAGAUAGGGUCGAAUGCUGGACUGAGGCGGGGAUUCAUCUAGUUCGGGAUUAAAACGGAAAGCUGCCUGACAGCUGCCGGCACACUGCUGCCGUACAUGCGUGUGUGGGCUGGUGGCGGCUGCAGUAAUGCUACUACCGGUAGCUGCUACUCGAUCGGUUGCUCUGCUGCUCUUCUGCUGGCUGGGUCGCGGCCCGUGAGGACACGCUGCUGGCACCAGCCCGCAGCCCUCCCCUAGGGUCCUUGGGCGCAGUAGGGUUGCGGCAGACGGCAGACAGCGCAGAAUGGCGUUUGGCAUUUGGCAUGUCGGGUGAGGGGGGAAUCGUACGGCAGCAGAUGCUGGCGGCUGUGGGGGUGUUGCUGAGAGAACCCAAGUUGAGAGAAUCUCCUGGAUGUUGCCAAUGUGACGUCAACCUGCCUGCACCUCCGCGUGAUGACACGAACGGAUGCCGCACUUCUCUCUGCUGCUGCUGCUGCUGCUGCUGCGUACGUCGGGCUCUGGUGGCUGUUGCCUAUAAAUGUGUGGGGAGUGGGCGGGGGAUGUGGGGAGGUGCCGGGGCGGCUGAUGGCGGGGCUGAUGGGUUGGCUCCAGAUUGCUGUACGUGAAUGUAUUUGGUGGAUUUGGAAAUAGGGAUUGUGUGAGGAUUGGGGCUGGAGCUGCGGAAUUGGAUUGCACCCGGCGCCACCUGCCGGCGCCGAUGCCUUGAUGGGGAUUGCACUGGUGAUGAAGUAAGCAGCGUGAGCGCAAGAUCAAUGGCCGCCGCACGCACGCAAGCACGAGCAUCCGGCAAUGGGCGAUUGGGCUGUGUGGUCCCAUGCAUUGCGACAUCGCAAGGCUGUUCAAAGCUGUACUGUGCAAAGGGAUUCUUCUUGGGGACGAGGCCGCUGCCAAUUUUGCGGCGGACGCUGUAAGAAUGGAUGCAUGGAUGAAAUGUGUGUUGCCUGCAUUGCACGCAUUGCUUGUUCCUUUCAGCACUGCGUGACGCGCACUCGCGACUUGCAUUCAAAUUCGCAAUGUGCACCCUACGUGUGCACCCCGUGUCGUGGGUCUUGCGUGAGGUCUU